AUGCGCGCAGCAAGAUACUACGGGAAAGAGGACAUCAGGAUUGAGGAUGUGGAUGAGCAGAAGUGCGGGGCGGGACAAGUCAGGGUCGCACCGGCCUUCGUAGGCAUCUGUGGUACAGAUCUCCAUGAAUACCUCGGAGGACCCAACUUCGCGCCGACGACACCGCACCCGUGUACGAACGAAACGAUUCCUAUUACCCUGGGGCAUGAGUUCUCAGGCACUGUGACUGAAGUGGGCUCGGACAACUCGAGCUUUACGGUGGGCCAGAAUGUCGUUGUUCAGCCGACGAUAUAUUGUGGGAAAUGCGAGGCGUGCAAGGCGGGCUCAGAAAACGUAUGCGAAAACGGUGGCUUCAUCGGGCUCUCGGGAGGAGGUGGUGGUUUGAGCGAUUCAGUCGUUGUGCCUGAAGGCGCAGUAUUGAACUUGCCCACCAACGUGCCGCUCGACGUCGGCGCGCUGGUGGAGCCACUGGCUGUUGCGUGGCAUGCUAUCUCAGCUGCUCCACUGACACCCGAUUCCGUCGUCAUGGUCCUAGGCGGUGGACCGAUCGGGCUGGCAAUCGUCCAAUGUCUCAAGGCACUGGGCACGAAGAAGAUCAUCGUGAGCGAGGUAUCCGGCGCGCGGCAGCGCUUCGCGAGGGAGUUCGGCGCGCACCAUGUCCUCUGCCCCAAGACAUAUGAUGUUGCGAAGAUGAGCAAGGCUUUGAGUGGUAAGGAUGGACCGGACGUGGUUUUCGACUGCGCUGGCGUUCCCGCAAGUCUCACAACGGCUUGCACGGCGGUGCGCGCUCGAGGGACCGUCGUCAACGUCGCGAUCUGGGAGAAGGAGGUUCCAUUCAAUCCCAACAUGCUUGUGUUCCGGGAAGCGCAGUACACAGCCGUUUUGGGCUACCAAAGAAAGGACCUCGAGGCCGUCAUUGAGCAUCUAGCUGCCGGUACUCUGAAACCCAUGAAGAUGAUUACCAGCAAGAUCAGCCUAGAGGACCUAGUAGAAGGUGGGAUCAAAGCCCUGAUCAAUGACAAGGAGAACCAUGUCAAGAUUCUGGUGGAAGUUGGAGGGGCCUACGUUCCUCCCACCCAGAACGCUCCAGCGCACUCGCAAGGCGCCCAGCAGCCCUCGAGCUAUCAGCCCAAUACCACGAACUAUGGAGUACAGUAUCAAGCUCAGAAGGGAGGGGGCACGUUUGGCCAGAUGAUGAACCAGCGGCUUGAGCAGGCGGUGACAACAGGAAAGCCAAUGCUGAACAAGCUGGGCAAGACUAUAAGCUCAAAGCUAGGGAACAAGCCUUCGGGAGGCCCGCCGCAGCAUCUCCAGAGCUAUCAGAGUUAUCAGACUCACUUUGGACAGCAGGGCCAGAAUCAACCAUACCAGCAACCUCAGGGUCAGGCUUUCAGUCCUCAGCCGCAACAGCAGCAAUGGGCACCACCGCAGCAACAACCCCCACCUCAAGCGCCGAAUGCCUACCCAUCUUCGCAGCAAUCUCAGUAUCAGCAACCCAGCUACUCUACACCCGCUUCCGGCCACUCGGGGCAGACCAACUACUUCCCACCGCAAACCACCCAAGCACCCAACACACAGUCUCAUACGCCACAGUCGCCGCUCACUAGCACGGGGCAUACUUCAUGGCAAUACGGUCAAGGCGGAGGGAUCGCGGAGCAUACACAGAUACAGAGAUACAAUGGGCAGAAUCAGGCGCAGCCGGGUCAGCCUCAGGCGCCUGUCGCACAACCGACACAGGAAUCUGGCCAAUAUACUGGACAGCAGAUGGGAGUAGUGGGAGGCUCUCAUGUCGCUCAACAUACACCACCACCCCAGACUUCGACUAUGUCUCCAGGAAUACCCGCCCAGGUCAUGCAGCCGCAAUGGGAACAGGCUACCGGGCAGCAGUCGGGUUCCCCAACAUAUCCCACACAGCAGAACACCACUGCAGCAAGUCCGCCACCUCAUUCACAGCACCAGUGGAAUAGCCCGUCUCCAGGUGGUGCAUAUGGCCAAGGACAGUCGCAGGUGCCCGCCCACUCCGUCAGCCCUCCGCCUACACAGCCGAUGACCAUGGCACCUCAAGUGCCGUCAAACAAGCCUGCACAGUCAAGCCAGUCGUCAACGCCCGCACCACAUCAGUCUCGAUAUUCUGCGCCACACGAGUUCAUUGCGGAGCUUCCUGCAGAUCUUGGAAAUUUGGCUAUUGCAGAAUCGAAGCCGAAGGAACAAGAAUCAUCGGUCGUAGGCUCGCAAUAUCAAGCCUUCCACCCCUCGCUAUCUCCGACUGGAUCGCCAUCGCCUGGCUUUACCAUUCCUCGGCGGUCGUUUAGUGUCAGCACGAUUCCACUGGCUGAUCCGUGGAGGUUUGCAGAUGCGAUCACUGAAGUUCCAACACGCGAGUUCUACAUUCUGGCCGAUUUGCUUUUCGACGCUCUGGACCGGAAGUUUGAGCCAAAGAACACGGGCCUUCUAGAAGCACCAAAGAUCAUCGGAAGCUGGGUGAAAUUGACCGAAGACGCGUGUCUAAUCGCUGAUGCGCCAACGCCCAUGACGGUGUACACGACCUACAUGCCGGCUCUGAACCGGGCGGGAUGGUACAAAUUCUUCUUUCUUGAGAUGAUGCACGCGCCAGAAGAUAUCGGUGAUUUGAUGGCACUGUGCGCAGACACGUAUAAGCCGGGGGUGCUGAACCACCCCGACCUCAACAAGCGGGACAGGACAGAAAUGCCAGUACUGCAGGCCAGAGCUGCAGAAAUCCAGACAUUUGCAAUCGGGCGCGUGUGUGAGGAGACGAAGGCUGCGAUGGCGGUCGACCCCGAUGUUCUUCCGGCGCACACGCACUCUACCGCACCUACCUCGGGACCCACGCAGACUGGGGCAGGUAUGACGCCACAGGACAUGACGGUGAGAAUGCACAAGAUCCAGGCAGAGCGGCAGUUGAGUGACAUGGCAGCCUGGAAAUGGUAG